AGUGCCCAGGUGGCAGGUGGUUCGGCGAGGAUUGCACUGACCCAUGUCCAGAGACAUGUAAAGGUGGGGUCUGUGAUGCACUCACCGGUGACUGUAAAGGUAAUUUAACAUUUCAAUGUUCGGAUGGCAGGUACGGAGCACGGUGCACACAGACUUGUCCGUACACAUGUAAAAAUUUGCAGUGUGACAUAACUGACGGCUACUGCACAGGUAA